AUGCUCAAGAGUCACGAAACAAAGACUACAAGCAGUUCAGACUUCAUCAUGCGACCCUAUCUUACAUUUGCAUCUACCCUUCCCACUCGUCUUUCCGAGCUAUCGUUCGGUACAAAUGCUUCGUUCAGAGCAUUACUGGACGCGCUAGCUGCUUCAUGUGAUUUGGUGCUAUUCGAUGUGGUCGUCACUCUGUCAUCUGGCGAUGAGACGAAAGGCUGGUGGGACGAAGGCAUAGACAACUGCAUGAGCGCUGUAGCAGCUAAGGAUGGCAGCAGCUCUAUACUUCGACAGUGUCGAUGGAAGGAGAUGUCUUUGACUGCGUGUCGGCGAGUGCUGGUGCCUUUACUGAGAUAUUCAACUUCAACCACUGUUGAACAAUAUUUCUCGACAAAUUUAAAAGAAAUACUAGCUACAGUACAACUAGGAAGAGUGGUCAGCAACCGGACUAAGUUACUGGAAUAUACCACCGCGUUUAUUCUCUUACAACUUGCUAUUGAAAAGAUACAGUCUAAGGCUUUAGAAUCACCAACCUCUACCCUCUAUUCAGAAAUUAAGCCGCAAAGAACUUGGUAUUUAAUUGUAGAGACCUGCAAAGCUUGCGUUGGCUUAAGAAAGCUCAAGUGCUGUGAUAGCUACGAGGAAGUAUACAGACAAUUCCAAGUAGCAAACUACAAUUGUCUAUGUGCUGCCAUAUGCAAAAAGAAACCCAUGGAGAAUAUAUACAGCCAGAUCUUCGAUCAUGACACGUGGGCCCGUCUUGUUGAUAAAAAUCGUCAAUAUGAUAUUCCGUUACUUAACAAAUGGCAUCAACGGACAAAACGCACUCCGAUCUCAGUGGAAGUUGAAACAGACGAACAUACGAACAUACACACAGGCACUGUGCGAACACGGAUGUUCUUGCGAACGUUGUCCGAGAAUCCAUUACAGUAUGAUUUGAUCGCCGACAAUGUGGAAGAAACUGUAAUUACUCAAGAUCUCACGUUGCGCGAAAACGAGUUAAAUAACCACGAAUGCGCACCAACUUUAACUGCAGUACUAUGUCAUAUGAGCACUUUAGGGUUUAGCCAAUGGAAGGACUUGUUGGCCGCUGCGUUGAGUGGAGAUUUGCACAAAAAUGCCAAAUGGUUGUUGGCCCAA